CACCCCAAAUAAUUUUUAUUUUUUUUUAUAAACAUCUCUACCGCGGCCGCCCCACUUUUUUGGGGUUUUACAUCAUUCCCAAUUUCCCAUGCUACAAGAUGUAACUUUCGAUGAUUAGAACUACCCUCACAAAUGAACGCUCUUUGCACUUCCUCAAUCUUGUGUACCCAAGUUUUUUGGAGCUACAAAAAGCGAGAGGCGGAAUUGAGGCUAACUCGACAAAAUAGAGUUGCACAAGACGAUUCACCCACCCAACGACAAGAACCUUGCCUUCCCUCCAUCUAUCUUCAUUUGUAGUCUUGAUAACACAUGGUUCCAAGUUCCAGAUGUCGUCGGAGAGGCUCCAAGUGGUAAUCCGAGAUAAGUUGUUGGGAAGUAGGCCCACUGGCAUCCAAGAAUCUGUGCAAGCCUUUUGAUAUUCGCAACGUCCCCAACUGGAUACAUAAACUUUUAGCCACAUUCAUUUUGAGCCCGGUGACGCUUUGAAAACAUAUUAGUGCAAGCCAGAAUGCUCAUUACCUCAUCUUCCGUCGCGUCACAAAAUAUAAUGGCAUUGUUUGCAUAAAGGGAAAUGUGUAACUUCUCAUCUUCGGCCUUCUUCAUUCAUGCAUGAACCCUUAAUAAAACCAGCACUGCUUAUCUCUUGAAUCAUGAAAGAAAGAAAGAACGUCCAUAAUCAAAUUGAAGAAGAAAGGCGAAAGUGGAUCGCCCUGCUUCAAGCCUCUUUCCGGCUUCAGGAAUCCUGCAGCUUCCCCAUUGACGAGCACAAAUAAUCUAGAGGAAGAAACGAGCAGUCGGACCCAUCUUUGGAGCUUAGAGUUGAGCCCGAAAGAUUCGAUGAUCUUAAAAAGACAUUCGCAGUUAAUCAUAUCAAAAGCUUUCUUUGUGACCAACUUUAUCACCAGUCCCGGUUUUCAAUUCCUACUUGGGUCUAUCUCCUGAGGUAUAAGUCUGAUGCGGAGAAGUAUAUUUGCCUGUUUUGUGAAAUGGUGCGCACGCAGUUUCAGACACAGGUUCGCUGGAUACAGUCUGAUAAUGGACUGGAGUUCCAAACGAAUUCUCUCAAGGACUACUAUGCCGAUAAUGGGAUUUUGCUUCAAACUUCAUGUGUUAACACUCUGCAGCAGAACGGGGUUGCUGAACGCAAGCACCGUCAUCUUCUGGAAACAGCACGAGCUCUGCGUUUUCACUCGGGCUUACCUGUUCGUUUUUGGGGAGAAUGUGUCUUGACUGCCACCUACCUCAUUAAUCGGUUGCCUUCUUCGGUUUUAGGUAACAUAACUCCUUUUGAGGUUUUACUCGGUCGUCCGCCAACUUAUGAUCAUGUUCGGACUUUUGGCUGCUUGGUCUAUGCCAAGAAUACUCAACAUGGUCUCGAUAAGUUUGCGGAUCGCGGACGUCGUUGUGUUUUUGUUGGCUACCCUCUCGCACAGAAGGGGUAUCGCGUUUAUGAUUUGGAAUCUCGCCGCAUUUAUUCUUCCCGAGACGUUUUCUUUGUGGAGAAUGAGUUUCCGUUCCGGGCUUCCUCGGACGAGGGCAUUUCCUCACCACCUGCCCCUAUUAUCACCCCUCCGGUUUUCUUUGAGGGGGAGCACACACUUGAUCAACUUGCUGCUGAUCGUGAGUUACAUGCGGCUGAUUUGAGUGAUGAACUAGCUGCCACCCAAGAGAGCCAAACCGCCACCCAAGCUGCUCCUAAUGCCCCUUCCCACGUGCAUGGGCAUGUCACAGACUCAUCACCUCCCAUUAUGGAGCAGCCUUCUUCUGGGAAGUCUACCGAAGAGCCUCCCAUACGUCCUCGCCGUGGCUUACGUGAACGCCGCCCUCCUGCGAAGCUGGAUAUCUAUGCCACUGAGCUCCCUGGCGGUAGCUCCCAUGCAGCCGCCACUUAUCCCAUUGCUAACUACGUGAGUUAUGAUCGUUUCACUCCAACUCACAAGGCCUACCUGGCUGCUAUUUCUAAGCUUGAAGAGCCUCGUCAUUUCCGCGACGCUGUCCUUCAUGAAUAUUGGCGCGAGGCCAUGCAAAAAGAGGUAUUGUCUUUGGAAGCAAAUGGUACCUGGACUUUGGAAUAUCUUCCUCCAGGGAAGCGAGCUAUUGACUCAAAAUGGGUGUACAAAAUUAAGUAUCACCCCGAUGGGACUGUUGUACGCUACAAGGCUCGGUUAGUCGCCAAAGGAUUUACUCAACAGGAAGGCAUUGAUUUUCAUGAUACCUUCGCCCCGGUGGCGAAGCUCGUCACUGUCCGCAUUCUCAUAGCUCUUGCCGUACAGCGUGGUUGGGAAAUGCAUCAACUCGAUGUUAAUAACGCUUUUCUACACGGUGAUCUGCAGGAGGAAGUUUAUAUGAAGGUUCCUCUCGGUUUUCAACAAGAAGGUGAUACCCGGGUGUGUCGGUUGCGAAAGUCGUUAUAUGGGUUGCGUCAGGCAUCCCGGAAUUGGUACCAGAAGUUUACCUUGGCCCUUACUGAGCUGGGCUUCACUGCUUCACGUGCCGAUCACUCACUUUUUAUAUACCGUCAAGGGGACACUUUUGUUGCUGCUCUCAUUUAUGUGGAUGAUGUGGUCCUUACGGGUAACGAUUCAGUUUUCAUUUCCCGUGUGAAGACUUUCUUGGAUUCUCGCUUUAGCAUCAAGGAUCUGGGCCCGUUGAAGUACUUUUUGGGCAUCGAGGUUGCUCGAUCUCCUGAAGGCGUUGUUCUUAGCCAACGUAAAUACACCCUUGACAUUCUGAAGGAUGCUGGUGUCACUGGGGCCCGCCCUAGUCGUUUUCCCAUGGAGCAGAAUCAUACUCUCACUCGGCCGACUGAUCAGAUUAUUCCUGACGUUCGCUCUUAUCGUCGGCUGGUUGGACGUCUGUUAUAUUUGACUGUCACUCGUCCGGACAUUGCUUAUGCUGUAAAUGUGCUUAGCCAGCAUGUUCAUGCUCCUAGCCCGGACCACGUUGCUGCUGCCACGCGUAUACUUCGCUACUUGAAGACCGCACCUGGGCAAGGUUUGUUUUUCCCUUCCUCAGGGUCUCUUACCUUAACGGCUUAUUGUGAUUCUGAUUGGGCAGGUUGUCAGUCGACACGUCGUUCUACCACUGGCUACUACAUUCAGCUAGGCUCUGCCCCGGUUUCUUGGCGCACCAAAAAGCAACGGGUCGUUGCUCGCUCAUCUGUAGAGGCGGAAUAUCGUGCCAUGGCCAGCACCGUUAGUGAAAUCAUCUGGUUACGGCACCUGCUGACAGAGUUAGGCGCUCCGCAGAUGGCCGCUACUCCUCUCUACUGCGAUAACCAGGCAGCUCUACAUAUUUCUGCGAACCCAGUUUUUCAUGAGCGUACGAAGCAUGUGGAGAUGGACUGUUACUUUGUUCGGGAGCGUGUUAUCUCUGGUGAUGUCGAGCCUCGCAAGAUUGCCACUUCGUCCCAGCUCACCGACAUCCUCACCAAAGCUUUGGGCGCGGAACAGUUUCAUUUCCUCUUGUCCAAGCUUGGCAUUCGUGACCUUCAUGCUACAGCUUGAGGGGGAGUAUUGAGAUGAGUAAUUAAUCACAUCGAUUAAUUAUGUGAACCAUUUUGUAAUUUGCCACUUAUGCUAGAGCUGCCCUAGUUCAAUGUCGUUGGGUAUUUAUAAUUGGCUCUAGCAUAAUGGUUUCGUACUUGGAUAAGGCGCAACCACUUUUUGCUGUUGCUUAGUAAACACCAAUCGAGAGCUCUGCUCCCCGUGGAUUAGUCCUGUUCAAUUGAACAGGGAUACCACGUAAAUCGUGCGUCGUUUCCUUUCCGCGUUUUACUUAUUUUCAAUUAACGGUCGAAGAUGGGCAACCAACACCUUGAAAAUAAUCUUGGUAAUACUUCCAAUGAGACUAAUUGGCCUGAAGUCAUUAGUCUCCUCAACCUCUUCUUUUUCGAGAUCAGGCAAAUGAAAGAAUGUGCAACAAAGUGAGGAACCAAUCCUGCUAUGUAAAAUUCAUCGAAAGCUUUGACAAUAUCUCUUUUGAUUAUGCUCCAGCACUUCUUAUAGAAGCAAUGGUGAAACCGUUCGGCCUCGGGCUCUAUUCCCAUCACAAGCUGAUAUUGCAUUCCAUAUUUAUGUUUCUUUGAAUGGCAACGUAACAGUGUGAUUGUCUUCCACCCCAAUCAGCCAUGCUAAAUAGUUGCGAGGGAAGGGUCUGGUAGGGGCAAAUUCUUGAAAUCUUUCCUUAAAACAACCUAUGAAAGCCUCUUAAAACGUUGACUUUCCUUCUACCGUUCGACCAUUCACUUUAAUAUUCUGAAUUUUGUUUCUUUUUUUAUUACUCUUUGCCACAUUGUGGAAGAAAGAUGAGUUUUUGUCUCCCACUUUGAGCCAAAUUUUGCGCAACUUCUAACGCCAAAUAAUCUCUUACAUAAGGACUGUUUUUUCCAACUCACAUUUCAGUAAGCUCUUAUGAACUUGAAUUUCUUCUGAUAACGAUCAAGUUUCUUUCUUAGGUCUCGCCCACACCGUUGGAACUAGGGAUGGCAAUCAAACCCAUGGCCGUGGGUAUCCGACCGCCCCCGACCCAGUCAAUGCGGGGAAUUCCCGCUUUGACCGGGUAUGGGGCGGGUAUGGGUAAAACCCGCAAAAAGUUUGAUGGGUAUGGGGCGGGUAUGGUUUUAGCCUCCCCGCCCCAUACCCAUCCUCAUACCCGCCCCAUCAAGAUAAUUUCUUCAUAUAUAAAAAAAAUAUGUGCAUCAAAUUAUAAUCUAUCAAUGAUGAUGAGGAUAACUUGAGAAAAAUAAAUAGUAGAAAUGCAAUUGAUUGACCACCUUAAUCAAAAUCUAAUUCAUUUCUCUCAAUCCUCAUUUCACUCUUUCACUUUCCCCCUUGUCAACAAAAUUAUGUUAGUUAAUUAUUACUUAGUAGAUGUAUCAGAGUUAGAACAUAAAAAUUUGAAAAAUAUUAUACUCUAUAUUAUGUAUUAAUGGAUAUUUUAGGAUCAUAAUCUUUGAACCAUAUUAAAAAAAAUGACCGUGUUUUAUUGACUUCAUGAUAUAAUAUGUUCGUUUAGAAUUAUAAUUAGAACUUUUCUUGUAAGUUUAAGGUAUAAUAAUGUUGGAUGUACGGGUAUGGGUAUUACCCAUGGGUACCCGAAACCCACGGGUAUGGGGAUGGGUUUGCAAAACAUUCCCCCGCAUGGGUAUGGGGCGGGUAUGGGUUUGGGUAUUUGAAGAUGGGUAUGGGGAUGGUUUAAGCAAACCCGCCCCAAACCCGCCCCAUUGCCAUCCCUAGUUGGAACACCCCAAGUAUAUUUCAAGAUUAAUCGCAAGUGGGAAUCCAAGUAUAAUUUGGCUUCUGAUGAUAUCUAGGAUGCUUUUUUACGAAACAAAACAGAGGACUUCUCCAUGUUCACCUCUUGUUCCGUUAUGUGACUGUAGUCGUUGAUGAUAUUCAUAAUCUUUGUUGCCUCCCACGCAUAGGUUUCCUCAAAAAUCAAUGUAUCAUCGGGAAACAGGCAGUGUGAAAGCUUUAGAGAUCUAACCUUUGAGAGAAUAUGUUGAUGUGGUCCUCUCUAGUGUGAAUCCUUCGAACCAUUUAAGUCCUUCAUCUUCAACGAAGGACUUAUGAUGAUCAUUUCCUCCAAUGCUUCCCUCAACUAGUUUCAUAGGAAAUAAUAACAAUAGCAAAGGAGGUGAAGUUGUCUUCAUAUGUCCUCCCAGUCUCCCACCCAGACGAUAGGAGAUGCAACUAUCCCAUCCAAACCGGGAGUAAUAGCAGAGUUCGAAGGAUACUAAGAACUUCAGAACAGUUACACAUCAACAGAUUCUCUUGAAACGAACAAAAAUCCUGUAAGCCAUUUCAUCCUCUGGAAAUAAAUCUCUCUCAAUCGUCGUUGAACCUUUGGAGAUCUUCCAGGGUUUUUUUUUUUACAAUGGAAAAUCUUGCAUUGCACUAUGAAUGAUCGAUUACAGAGAGGGAAAAUGAACAACAAUGGAAUCACAACCAAACAAAGGCACUUCAGAGCAAACGGUUGACACAAACCGUGCUUGAGAGAUACAUUAAAUAAGAGCAAAACACUUAGUGAAAUCAACCAUCCGAAGGGACCGAACACUUGAUCCAUGAACUAAAAUAUCCAAAAUCUCUCUCGCUUCUGAACCAAACAGAGUAGCAACAAGAUCAAGAUCAACUCAUCCGAUCACACCGAAGUCCAUGGCGAUUGAGCACAGCAAUGGCAUAAGCCGCAUCCUGGGAAAAACUCAAAGGCAUCCAACACAGUGAAUCUCAAAAAUGAAAUUACAUGACGGUGGGAAAUGAUGUGAAACAGAUUGCUCCAAUCUGAAAAAGGCACAUGGAGUCUGACGUAGAGAGGUCAAUCCAUGGAGAGCAGAAGAUCGAAAUCGAGCCACCAAACUCUUACGAAAUACCAAUCAACAGCCAAAACCACCUAGACACCCACCACAAUCCGACCAACGACCACGCAACACUCAGACAGCAAGGGGAGAUCGGAAGGGGAAAUGUAAGGAAUGGCUUCACCAAAAAAAUGAAACCACCAGCCCCGGAACAUCAACCACCAAAGCAGAGCACCACGAGGCUCCCAAGCUGCCAACUCCGUAUCCCAAGAAGAGCAAGCCCCGAACAAGAACCCCAAUCAACGAACGAAGAGCAUAAAGCUCAACAAGAGCGAAAGGUGAAAACUUGAAGGCCAUAUCGGCUGGAAAAGGAAAACACGCCUGCAAUCCGAAGAAAAAUCACCUAGAACGUAGCUAGGAGCAGCAAGAGCAUGAAAGGAAAGGAAAACAAGAAAAAACAGGGGACUUAAGCUGCCGCCGGCGGUGGUUUGUUCAUGUUGGAGAGAAAUUCAAUUAAUCCAUCAUUGCUCAAAAUUGAAAUUGGACCAAAUACAGGUUUCAGGUUUGA